UCUCUCUCUCUCUCUCUCUCUCUCUCUCUCUUCCAUAGCCAAAGAAAACGAAAACCCAUCUCUCUCUCUCUCUCUCUCUCUCUCUCUCUUCCAAAACCAAAGAAAACGAAAACCCAUCUCUCUCUCUCUCUCUCUCUCUCUCUCUCUCUCUCUCUUCCAAAACCAAAGAAAACGAAAACCCAUCUCUCUCUCUCUCUCUCUCUCUCUCUCUCUCUCUCUUCCAAAACCAAAGAAAACGAAAACCCAUCUCUCUCUCUCUCUCUCUCUCUCUGUCAAAACCAAAGAAAACGAAAACCCAUCUCUCUCUCUCUCUCUCUCUCUCUCUCUCUCUCUCUUCAAAAACCAAAGAAAACGAAAACCCAUCUCUCUCUCUCUCUCUCUCUCUCUCUCUCUCUGUGUCAAAACCAAAGAAAACGAAAAUCCUUCUCUUCCAAAGCCAAAGAAAUCGAAAAUCCAUCUCCCCCCUAAAUGGAUGUCUAUGGAGAAGAGAACCCACAUUGCUAUUUCCAUCCCAAAGAGGUUGUUGUAGGAGUAUGUGCCCUUUGCUUGAAAGAGAGACUCCUCACUCUGGCAUCCCUACAAGACCACCUUCCUGCACCAAAGGCCACUCAUAGAUCAAACAAGGCCCACCUCAAGAAACUCUCCAUCACCUUUCCUAAGGUCUUUGCUUUGGGCUACUUCCGUCAUCAUCGAAGAAAAUCAGACAGUAGCGAUCAAGAGACAUAUUUCACCAGCCACGAAGAUUCGUUUAUAUCCAUCAAGUUUGAGGAAGAUGGCCGGGCCUCUUGGGCUCACAAGACAAGUUCACGGCCUUCAUCUGAGCCGUCCAACAUCCAUUUCAAUCACAAGAUGGACAAGGAAACUAAAAUGUCUAAUAGUUUGGUGGAGCACGAGAAAUACCCACCUGCGCUGAGGUGGCGGAAGCGAAUUGGCCGGAUAUUCCAUCUCAUCCCAUGGAAGAAGUCCACGAAAACAAACACGUGCCACAUGGGUAGCAAGGCAGAGGGUGUGAGGUUAGGAACAGUUGCAUCAGUGCUGUAAAAAAGAGGACCAUGGAAUGAACGGUCCGGAUUGAGACACGUUUUAGUGUAAGGCUGGUACAUAUUUUUACAGUGCUUUUUGACCUUUUUGUUUUUGUAACAAUUGGGUACGUGAUUUAGAUUGAUUAACGGUUGGAGUGAAAACUUUAUUAAGUGGACCAACGCAAAAGACAUUGGGGCCC